AUGAUAAGAAGGAGCCUCUUUACUACAUUCCUCUUCUUGGCAAUUUGCGAAGCUGCCAAUAGGUCUGCUUUAUUCAAAAACCUUUUCAAACAAUAUGAUCCAGAUGUAGGUCCGUAUGAAAACUCUUCCCAGCCACUAGAUGUCGCCAUGUCUCUUUACUUACAAAAGAUACUUGAAGUUAAAGCAAGACUGCAGACAUUUUCCUCGACGUUUUGGUUUUUCAUGUCGUGGAAAGAUGAUCGCUUGGAAUGGGAUCCUGCACUUUACAAUGGAAUCAACAGCAUUCAGACAAACUCUGCAAAAGUAUGGAAUCCAGCCUUUGUUUGUAUCGUUAAUGACAUUGGUAUGGAAAGCUGUUUUCGAGAAGGUUCUACGGUAACUGUCUUAAACACAGGCGAAGUUAUAUUUUCCAAAUCUCUCGAUGGGGCCACCCAGUGUAACAUUAAUGCAAAGAAAUUUCCAUUUGACGUACAGAAAUGCUCUAUCGACAUAGGAAGCGCAUUUCGCAGAUCAAAUGUAAUAUUCUUCAAUUUGACAUCUUCAUAUUUUGGACUAGACUUGUACACCGGGAGCGAGGAAUGGAAUGUUCUGGACGCAACUGUAUCAAAGUAUUUUAUUCAAGAAAAUCGAGAUAUGAUUUUUGAAGGGCUCCAGUUUGAGAUACAUCUUGAAAGACGACCAUUGAAUGUUAUUGUUUCCUAUAUUUUGCCUGUGUUGCUGUUGUCCACCGUAAAUCUAUGCUCUUUUGUACUACCGAUCGAAUGUGGUGAAAAGAUGGGGACUUCGGUGGCUGUUUUUCUUACGUUUGCAGUUUUCUUGACACUCCUCAGCGAAUCCAUGCCAGUGUCGGAGGACACCCCAAUUUUUGCUAUCUAUCUCACAUUCCAGCUAGCUCUCAGUGGGUUUGUCAUCAUCAUGGAAACUAUUGUAUUGAGAUAUCAUAUCGAAAGGUUGACGCACGUCGAGGCCAAUGUAUUAGUGGACGGAACAAUGGAAAUCGAUAAAUCAAAGAAAAAGACGGAUAAAAAGAUUAGAAUCAAACGUCUCGAUAACUUUAUAAUGUUAGUCUACGUCAUCUUGAAUUUUAUUUCUUUCAUAACCUUUCUUGUGGGUACGCAAAAAUAG